AUGGAGGAUUCCCUUGUGCCGCCUGUGCCUCCUGCCCCAACCACCCUUUUCCUCACUCGCCGGCGAUCACAUCUCGACAGCGCCUCCUACCGCACGCUCUCCCGGCUCUUCUCCCACUGCCUCCACCACCGCCCCUCGCAGCUCGCUGCCCCGGCGCCCCUUGAAGUCGAGCCCGCCGCUGCGAACCCUAUAUGCGACGAGUCGCCACAGGGGUGCUCGGUACCGCCUGGACGGGGAAAGGACUUAGGAGAAGAGGAGACUGCGGUAAGGACUUCUGUCAUCGAGAACCCCUCACCCGCGGCAGUCGAUGCAGCCACCGGUAACCCUAUUGCAGACCCGGCUGUGGCACCACAGAGAUACAUGGAGAAUCAAGUGGCCGGGGUUCAGCGGGUGGAGGGCGUAACAGAUAUGGUUGUUGGGGGAAACGUCUGCCGUGAGACUGUUGCGUUCGUGGAGGAGUUGGGGGCAGAGGAUGUUUUGAGGUCGAUGAAGGAUUGUUUGGAGGGGGAGGUUGACGAAUUGGCAGAGCCAGAUGUAGUGGUGGUCAAUGAUGAUGAACAUCUGCUGCUUGAUACGAUGAUGACCAACUUCUCAGGGUUGAUUGCUGAUGCCAGUGGCGGUACAACGUCAAUGCUGAACUAUGGGGUUUCUGGAGGUGAACCACACAAUGAUGGCAACAUAGCUGAGGGGGUGAAAGAAUUGGGAGCUGGAACUGAAGAAGACAGACCUGUGGGUGGUUUAGAUCAGCACUCAGUUGAUGGUGGCGUGGUUGAGGAAGGAGAGAUUGAGGGUGACAUGCAGGCUCUGGAUGUAGAUGAAUCUGAUGAUUCGGAGCUCGAAGAUGCAGAUGAUGAGGAAUUGGAAGAGGAUUUUACUAACAGAGUGUUGGGGGAGAAUGAAUCAUCUGGCCAGGACAUACCGUGUCUGAAUUUGCUUUCAACGCCUAAAACUAAAGGAACCAGUGAUCUUGUACUGAACAAGGAAGGUUAUAUCAAGGAUGAUGCACUAAAGCAUGUCACCAGGGCGCAGGCAGUCAGUUAUGAUGAAAUUGUGGAAUGGAAUGAGACACCGCUGCCUGAUGCUGAGGCUCCCAAACUAGGGAAGAGAAAACGGCAUUUGACAGAGGAAAGAAAGGCUAAGAAGACGAAAAACAAACGGGUUAAGAGAGCACAGCAGCGGAUAGCGGAUGGUGUGAAAAGACUGAAACUUGCACCAGUUAUAAAGCCGAAACCAGUGAAGUUAUGCCACUUCUACAUGCAUGGGAAGUGCCAGCAGGGCAAUGCUUGCAAGUUCUCACAUGAUACUACACCUUUGACAAAAUCUAAGCCCUGCACACAUUUUGCGCGCGGUUCUUGUUUGAAAGGAGAUGAUUGUCCCUAUGAUCAUGAGUUGUCAAAGUACCCUUGCCACAACUUUGUGGAAAAUGGAAUGUGUUUCAGAGGUGAUAAAUGCAAAUUUUCUCAUGUGGUGCCAACUGCAGAUGGUCCUUCCAAACCAGAUGCAAAGAAAUCUGAUGCGUCAUUGGUGUCUGAAAAACCUGGCAGAGAGCAAACAAGUAGUCAGAAAGCAUCAACGGUCCAUGAUGGCGAACGUGUAACUUCUGCUCCUACCAAACAUUACUCCAUCCUUAAAAACCUUGCCGGCAUCUCAGUAAAUGCUCUAAAAGCAUCAACCAGUACACCAAAGGGUGUACAGUUUCGUCCUUCCAGUAAAGACAGAUCAAAUUCUAGCAUGUUGCAUCAGGAUGCUCUAACCAUCGAGAAGCAUAUGUAUACAAAUGGCAGUAAACAUCAGAAUUUUGGUGGACCGCAGGCUGAAGAAGGGGAUAAAAAUGUCAGUCCAAAUAAACAGAGAUCAGCUCCACUGCUCGAUGAGAAGAACUCAUCAAAAGAAGCUAGUUCACAUCCAAGUUCAGACCCAAAGGGAACUAGUUUGCCUACUGGCUCUACUACAGUGCUUGGAUCACUCAGCACUCAGCACGAAGUUUCAGAGGCUUCAAGAAUUUUGCAAGAAUUCUUAUUUGGUGCUGGCAGUUAG